UAAGCAAAACCAAACAUGGUGCGAGUUAUUAUCAAAGGAGGUGUGUGGAAGAAUACAGAGGAUGAAAUCCUCAAAGCAGCUAUUAUGAAAUACGGAAAAAAUCAAUGGAGUCGAAUUGCUUCACUGUUGCACAGAAAAUCAGCAAAACAAUGCAAGGCUCGUUGGUUCGAGUGGCUUGAUCCAGGAAUUAAAAAGACAGAAUGGUCACGUGAAGAAGAUGAAAAACUUCUUCAUCUCGCUAAGCUGAUGCCAACGCAAUGGAGAACAAUUGCACCAAUUGUCGGAAGAACAUCAGCGCAGUGCCUGGAACGAUAUGAGCAUUUGCUGGAUGAAGCUCAACGAAAAGCAGAAGGUCUUGAUGAAGAAGCUACUGAAACUAGAAAAUUAAAACCUGGAGAAAUCGAUCCAACACCUGAGACAAAACCAGCGAGACCUGAUCCAAUUGACAUGGAUGAUGAUGAAUUGGAAAUGCUCUCUGAGGCUCGUGCACGUUUGGCCAACACUCAAGGAAAAAAGGCGAAGAGAAAGGCUCGCGAGCGUCAGCUUUCUGAUGCACGUCGUCUGGCUUCGCUUCAAAAACGAAGGGAGAUGCGAGCAGCUGGCUUAGCUUUUGCCAGAAAGUUCAAGCCAAAGCGAAACCAAAUUGACUACAGUGAGGAGAUUCCAUUCGAAAAACAUGUUCCAGCUGGAUUCCAUAAUCCAUCUGAGGACAGAUAUGUCGUGGAAGAUGCAAACCAGAAAGCCAUCGAAGAUCAUCAAAAACCACGUGGCCGCGAAAUUGAAAUGGAAAUGCGACGAGAGGAUCGUGAAAAACUGAAAAAGCGUAAAGAACAAGGAGAAGCCGAUGCGGUAUUCAACAUCAAAGAGAAAAAACGUUCGAAGUUGGUCCUACCCGAACCACAGAUUUCUGAUCGUGAGCUUGAACAAAUCGUCAAGAUUGGUCAUGCAUCUGACAGUGUUCGGCAAUAUAUUGACGGAACAGCUACAAGUGGAUUGCUCACUGAUUACACUGAAUCAGCAAGAGCCAAUGCAGUUGCUGCAAGAACUAUGAGAACACCGAUGCUCAAGGAUACGGUUCAAUUAGAACUCGAAAACCUAAUGGCUCUACAGAAUACCGAAUCAGCAUUGAAAGGAGGGUUGAACACCCCACUUCACGAAUCAGAACUCGGAAAAGGCGUUCUACCAACUCCCAAAGUUGCGGCCACUCCAAACACAGUUCUCCAUGCAAUUGCAGCCACGCCAGGAACUCAAUCACAGUUUCCCGGAUCCACACCAGGUGGUUUCGCUACUCCAGCUGGAAGCGUUGCUGCAACUCCGUUCAGAGAUCAAAUGCGUAUUAACGAGGAGAUUGCUGGAUCAGCUUUAGAACAAAAAGCUAGUCUGAAGCGUGCUUUGGCCAGUCUGCCAACUCCAAAAAAUGAUUUUGAAGUCGUUGGACCUGAUGAUGAUGAAGUUGAAGGAGCUGUUGAAGAUGAGAGUAACCAAGAUGAAGAUGGAUGGAUUGAAGAUGCAUCUGAAAGAGCUGAAAAUAAAGCAAAGAGAAAUGCGGAGAAUCGUGUCAGAAAUAUGAAAAUGCGAUCACAAGUCAUUCAAAGAUCACUUCCAAAACCAACAAAAGUUAACGAACAAGCUACACGGGCAACCAACUCGUCAGCAGAUGACAUGGUCAAAGCCGAAAUGAGCAAACUUCUUGCUUGGGACGUAGACAACAAGCCACCAUCAGUAAUCUACUCCCGUGAAGAGCUUGAUGCGGCUGCUGAUUUAAUCAAACAAGAAGCUGAAUCAGGACCAGAAUUGAACAGUCUAAUGUGGAAAGUUGUCGAACAAUGUACUUCGGAAAUUAUUCUGAGUAAAGAUAAGUUCACACGUAUUGCUAUCCUACCACGAGAAGAACAGAUGAAAGCUUUGAAUGAUGAAUUCCAAAUGUACAGAGGAUGGAUGAAUCAACGGGCGAAACGAGCUGCAAAAGUUGAGAAAAAGCUGAGAGUCAAGUUGGGCGGUUAUCAGGCUAUUCAUGACAAGCUGUGUAAAAAGUAUCAGGAAGUCACCACCGAGAUUGAGAUGGCUAAUAUUGAAAAGAAAACUUUUGAACGUCUCGGAGAGCAUGAGUUGAAGGCAAUCAACAAACGCGUCGGGCGUCUUCAACAAGAAGUCACAACACAAGAAACUCGGGAGAAGGAUCUUCAAAAGAUGUAUUCAAAGUUGUCGAAUAAGCAAUGGAAACUGUCUCAAAUUGAAAUCCACGAUGCAGCUUCAACCACAUCAGCACCGAUUACAUACUAAUUCAAUUUUGGCGCCCUCAGCUUUUUUGUUCCUUUUAACAUUUUACCUAUAUAUCGUUUUAUUUAUCUCUUCCUCUGUUUUUUUUCGCUUCUUUCGGAUCACACUCUUCCUUUCUUCCGUAAUCUCCUAUUGUGUUUUUGAACUGUUUCUCUCUUUCUGUGUUUUAGCGGCUUCGAUCAUCCGUUUGUGGAACAAAUGAAUCGUCAUUU